AUGUCACUGGGGAAAAUUCACCGUCUGGAGAUAGAGAAUUUCAAGUCAUACAAAGGUUCCCAAAUCAUCGGUCCCUUCGCCGGCUUCACAGCCAUCAUCGGCCCUAAUGGCGCCGGUAAAUCAAACCUAAUGGACGCUAUCUGCUUCGUUCUUGGCGUUAGAACCUUUCACCUCCGUGGUUCUCAACUAACGGAUCUUAUCUACGAUGACAGCGAGAAACAGAAGAACGAACGUUCUGCCUUAGUUCGAUUGAUUUAUCAACUCGCAGACAAAUCUGAGAUUCAAUUUGCAAGAACCAUCACUGCCACAGGCGCAAGUCAGUACUUUAUCGACGACAAUGUGGUUACCUGGGAUGUCUACAAUGCUAAACUCAUAUCCCUUGACAUUCUUGUCAAAGCUCGGAAUUUCUUGGUCUUUCAGGGUUAUGUGGAAUCCAUAGCAUCGAAAAAUCCAAAGGAACUUACUUUACUCUUCGAACAGAUAUCUGGCUCGGAUCAAUUCAAGAGAGAGUACGACAAGUUGGAAGAUGAAAAAAAUUCUGCAGAGGAGAAAAUGGCGCUUGUUUAUCAGAAGAAAAAGACUAUUUUGAUGGAGAAAAAGAAGAAGAAAGAACAAAAGAAAAAGGCAGAGGAACAUCUUCGGUUGCAAGACGAAUUGAAAUCUAAGAAAGAGGAACAUUUCUUGUGGAAGUUGUUCAAUAUAGAGAAUGAUUUUGCUAAAACCACUGAGGAACUUGAAGUUGAUAAAACAAGUUGUGAAGGUGUUGGUAAAGAGGUAGAAAAAUUUGAACAUGAAGCCAAUGAAAAGGAAAAAGAGCUAGCCAAUUGUGUUGAAGAGAUUAAGCUACUUGAGGAGAAAAUAACUGAGAUAAGCAACAAACUUGAUGACAAGACUCGACCCGAUGUUAUCAAGUUAAAGGAGAAAAUAUCUCGUAUCAAUUUGAAAAUUGAAAAGGUGAAGAAGGAGCUCUGCAAAAAAGGUGAAGAACGAAAGAGGCAUGCUAAUGAUAUAGCAAUGUUAAAGAGAAGUAUCUGGGAUCUUGAGGCGAAAAAGGAUGACCUACAGGAAAAGGGUCGAAAUGUUGGUGGUCAGAUUAAGUUAGAUGGCAAUGACUUGGAAGAAUAUAGUAGAAUAAAAGAGGAAGUUAGGAUAAAAACUGCAAAUCUUAGAGAGAAAAAAGAACUUCUUGAUGGGCAGCAACGUGGUGAUAGUGAAGCUCAAACUAAUUUGGAAGAAACUCUUCAACAAUUAAAAAACCGGGAGUCGGAGCUGGAUUCAAAGGAAAAACAGAUGCGAGAAAGGCUUGAUAAUUUUGCAAAGAAUAAGGAUGACCUGGAAAACACGAAGAGAGAGCUGUGUCUGUUGCAGGAAAAGCAAAGUGAUUUCAAGCGAGAAUAUCAUAACUUGAAGAAAAAAAUUGGUGAUGUAGUAAAUGAACUACACGAAUUAAAAUCUGAUAGAUAUGAAAACGAGAGAGAUGCUAAGUUUGCUGAUACUGUGGCGACUCUAAAACGCUUGUUUCAAGGAGUCCAUGGUCGCAUGACUGAUAUUUGUAGACCAACACAGAAGAAGUAUAAUCUAGCCGUUACCGUUGCAAUGGGUAAAUUAAUGGAUGCAAUUGUUGUUGAGGAUGAAAAUACCGCGAAGGAAUGCAUCAGACAUUUAAAAGAGCUGCGGUUUCCUCCCCAGACAUUUAUUCCUUUACAGUCUAUUCGUGUGAAUCUAAUAAUCGAAAGAUUACGCUCGUUAGGGGGUACCACAAAACUGGUUUUUGAUGUGAUUCAGUUUGAUCCUUCCUUGGAGAGGGCAAUUCUCUUUGCUGUUGGGAACACUCUUGUUUGUGAAGAUCUUGAGGAGGCCAAAAUUUUAAGCUGGACUGGUGAGAGGUUAAAAGUUGUGACUGUGGACGGAAUUCUUCUGACAAAAUCUGGCACAAUGACUGGUGGCACUAGUGGUGGAAUGGAAGCAAGGUCAAAAAAGUGGGAUGCCAAGAAAUUUGAAGAAUCUUCCCAGAAGAAAGAGAAGUAUGAAUCGAAGUUGGAAGAGCUAGGAUCAAUUAGAGAUAUGCAUCAUAUUAAAGUGUCUGAAGUAGAGGAAAAAAUUAGCGAACUCAAGAAGAAAGCUCAAUAUGCUGAGAUUGAAAAGCAAUGCAUUGAAAAGAAGCUUCCAACAUUGAGCGAUGAAAAGGGGACUAUCAAAAAACAAAUUGAACGAGUUAGUCCAGAACUGAUCAAGUUAAGAGCUGCUGUUGAAAAGAGAAAUGCAGAAAUACGCGAGCUUGAGAAGAGUAUAAAUGAAAUCACCGAUGAGAUAUACAAAGACUUCAGCAAGUCAGUUGGGGUUGCAAACAUUCGCGAGUAUGAAGAAACUCAACUCAAGGCUUCUCAAAAUGCAGCAGAGGAGAGACUGAACCUGAGUAGCCAACUUUCAAAAUUAAAAUAUCAGUUGGAGUAUGAGCAAAAUCGGGACAUGAGUUCUCGAAUUCAAGAAUUGGAAUCUUCACUGAGUGCUUUAAAGAAUGAUUUAAAGGGGCUACAGAACAAAGAGGCCGAAGCAAAGUUAGCAGCGGAGAAUGCUAAUAAAGAGAUCAGUCAGUUGAAGGGUGAAUAUGAAAAGUGGAAAUCCAAGUCAGAGGAUUGUGAAAAGGAAAUUCAGGAACUGAAGAAGAGGGCUUCUGCAGCCAAAACAAACUUAUCCAAACUUAAUCAUCAGAUUAAGUCAAAGGAGGAACAGAUUGAGAAGUUAAUGGGGAAAAAGCAGGAAAUACAAGAAAAGUGUAAGCUGGAGCAGAUUAACCUUCCAAUCAUAUCAGAUCCUAUGGAUACCGAUAGCUCAACAGGUCCAGUUUUUGACUUUGAUGAGCUCAGUAGGACACUGAGAAAUAGGAGACACUGUGACAGGGAUAAAAUAGAGGUAGAAUACAAGAAAAACAUGGAUGCGUUGAUGUCUAAGAUCGAAAGUACAGCGCCAAAUUUGAAGGCAUUGAAACAGUAUGAUGCCCUGGAUGAAAAAGAAAGACUUAUAACUGAAGAGUUUGAGGCUGUCAUGAAAGAAGAGAAGGAAAGAACAGAUAGUUUCAAUGCGAUUAAGCAGGAGAGAUAUAAUUUGUUCAUGGGUGCUUUCAACCGUAUAUCUGGUAACAUAGAUAAAAUCUACAAACAACUUACAAAGAGCAACACACAUCUUUUUGGUGGAACAGCAUACCUAUAUUUGGAAAAUGAAGACGAUCCAUUUCAACAUGGCAUCAAGUACACUGCCAUGCCUCCCACAAAGGCAUUCUUCGAUAUGGAUCAACUUUCUGGUGGCGAAAAGACGAUUUCUGCGCUUGCGUUGAUAUUCUCCAUUCAUAGUUAUAAGCCUUCACCAUUUUUCAUACUUGAUGAAGUUGAUGCUGCAUUGGACAACUUGAAUGUUGCGAAAGUUGCUAGCUUUAUUCGUUCAAAAUCUUGUGAAGGAGCGAGGGCUAAUCAAGAUACCAAUGAUGGAAAGGGUUUUCAGAUAAUUCAAAUAUCACAGAAAAAUCACUUCUAUGACAAAGCUGAAGUGUUAGUCGGGGUUUGCAGAGACUCUAAAAGUGGCAGUUCGAGAACUCUCUCGCUUGAUCUCACUAAAUACCGGGAGUCCUAA